AUGGGCAGGAUUAUCUUUUAUGAGGACAGAAACUUCCAGGGUCGCUCCUAUGAGACCAGCAGCGACUGUGUUGACCUCACCUCCUACUUGAGUCGCUGCCACUCCUGCAGGGUGGAGAGCGGCUGCUUCAUGGUCUAUGACCGCUCCAACUACAUGGGCAACCAGUACUUCGUCAGGAGGGGUGAAUAUUCUGACUACUCUCGCAUGACGGGCUUCAGCGAUUGCAUCCGCUCCUGCCGUACAAUCCCCAUGCAUCGAGGACCUUUCAGAAUGAAGAUCUACGAGAGGGAGAACUUCGGGGGCCAGAUGCAUGAGCUGAUGGAGGACUGCGACUCAAUCCAGGACCGUUUCCGUAUGUCUGACUGCCAGUCCUGCAAUGUGAUGGAUGGCCACUGGCUCCUGUACGAACAGCCCCACUACAGGGGCAGGAUGAUGUACCUGAGGCCUGGGGAGUACAAGAGCUUUAGGGACAUGGGCAUGGGGUCCAUGAGGUUCAGUUCCAUCAGGCGCAUUGUGGAUUCCUGUUAA